AUGGCGGCGCCCAUGUCCGCCAUCGAGUCCGCGUGGCAGCUCCUGAUCGCCAACUUCACCGAGUUCCAGCUCGCCACCGUCGUCACCUUCCUGCUCCACGAGACCGUCUUCUUCCUCUCCGGCCUCCCCUCCCUCCUCUUCGAGCGCUUCGGACUCUUCGCCAAGUACAAGAUCCAGAAGAAGAGCAACACCCCUGCUUACCAAAACAGAUGUGUCUUGCGUCUUAUUCUGUACCACGUCUGUGUGAACCUGCCUGUCAUGAUUUUCUCGUACCCUGCCUUCAGAUUCAUGGGUCUUAGGAGCUCUCUUCCUCUACCACAUUGGACGGUUGUUGUAUCUCAAGUUCUUUUCUACUUUGUCCUUGAGGAUUUUAUAUUCUACUGGGGGCACAGGGCACUGCAUACGAAAUGGCUAUACAAACAUGUUCACAGCGUCCACCACGAGUAUGCCACACCCUUUGGUUUAACUUCUGAAUAUGCCCACCCAGCUGAAAUUUUGUUCCUGGGAUUCGCCACAGUUGUUGGUCCUGCUCUUACUGGCCCUCAUCUGUUCACCCUGUGGCUGUGGAUGGUGUUGAGGGUAUUGGAGACAGUUGAAGCUCACAGCGGCUAUCACUUCCCAUGGAGCCCAUCAAAUUUCCUGCCACUGUAUGGCGGCUCGGACUUCCAUGACUACCAUCACCGUGUGCUAUACACCAAGUCAGGGAACUAUGCCUCGACAUUUGUUUACAUGGACUGGUUGUUUGGGACGGACAAGGAUUAUCGCAAGGCAAAGACCAUUGAGGAGAAAGAAGGGAAGAAUCUGUAG